AUGGCGCGACAUACCCUCGUCCGCCGUCGCCGCUCGCGCCUCCUUCCAAGCCGCCGCACUCAGCCUGGGCUCCUUGCGCUCUUUGGACUCCAUCAAGAGCCGCACCUUCGCAUCCACCUCGCUGGCGCUGAUGAGGUCCGUCAUGCUCGACUGCUCGUGCACCCGUCAACCUCCACGCCAAUGCCCAUGCCCUGUGCCACCCAUCUCCAGAUCCCAGAAGACGUGACUACGCUGCUGCAACAGCUUCUCCUCCAGUUCCCGUGCGCCGCGGGAAGGUCCUGGAAGCUUCGGAGAUGGGGAGGAGUAGACGUCACGAAGGAGCAGAACGGGGUGGAGGUGCUGGAGGGGUGGCCGCCGCCGCUGCCUUCGCCGCGCUGCUGCUGGGCUGCGUCGUCAUGGCCCUUGUCGGCGGCGCCGCCGCGCGCAGGGCCCCGGCUCCCCUCCGACUACAAAACCCUCAGCGGUGCCGCUCCACUUGUGAUCGCCAAAGGCGGGUUCUCAGGAGUGUUUCCAGAUUCCUGCCAAGACGCCUACUCUUUCGCCAAGGACGCCAGCGCGCCUGGCACAGCUAUGUGGUGCGACGUCCAGCUGACAAAGGACGGUGUUGGGGUCUGCCUCCGGGACAUAAACAUGAACAACUGCACCACCGUCGGCCAAGCGUACCCCGCCAGGAAGCGGACCUACGUCAUCGACGGUGUGCACAAGACUGGAUGGUUUGUCUCGGACUUCACCAUUGAUGAGCUUCGGUCUGCAGUUUAUCUAACACAAUCAAUUUGGUCUCGCACUGAGAGAUUCGACAACAUUUAUCCUAUCGUCAGUGUCACUGACUUUCAGUACCUUGUCAACUCGUCUGCUGUUUGGCUGAAUGUCCAGCAUCCCAUCUUCUACAAACAACAUGGUUUGGACAUGAGUAGAUACAUACUUUCAAUAAAAAAGCAGGUAUCCAUGGACUAUAUCUCGUCACCUGAACUGGGCUUCCUCAAAAAUAUAUCUGCAAGAGUUGGUCGCAAAACAAAGCUUGUGUAUAGCUUUCUUGAUAAAGCCCUAUUAGAUCACUCUAUGAACCAAACAUAUGGUUCGCUGUUGAGUAACCUGACGUUUAUUAAGUCUAUUGCAUCUGGCAUAAUGGCCCCUAAGGACUACAUUUGGCCGGUGACAAAUGAUAACUAUCUAAAGCCGUCCACAUCAAUUGUCACAGAUGCACACAAAGCAGGGCUGGAAAUAUAUGCAUCUGAUUUUGCCAAUGAUAGAAUUAUUCCCUAUAACUACAGCUACGAUCCUUUGGCGGAAUACCUAAACUUUAUCAGUGAUGGUGGCUUCUCUGUUGAUGGUGUACUGUCAGACUACCCUAUUACUGCAUCAGAGGCAAUUGGUUGUUUUGCUAAUCUGAAUUCAAGUAAGACUGAUCAUGGGAAACCCUUAGUUAUCUCGCAUAAUGGUGCUAGUGGAGACUAUCCGGACUGUACAGACCUGGCCUACCAUAGUGCCAUUGAUGAUGGCGCAGAUGUCAUUGAUUGUCCUGUUCAAGUGACAAGUGAUGGAGUUCUUAUGUGCAUGAGUUCCAUUAAUCUGCUUGACACCACGAAUGUUCAGAGAACACCUUUCGCCACUCCUUCUCUUGUUCCAGAAAUUCAGUCUACACCAGGAAUCUUCACAUUCAACCUCACUUGGGCCAACAUUAACAGUAGUGCUUUAAAACCCAAGAUAUCUUCCCCAGUGAGUGAUUAUUAUCUUGUAAGGAACCCAAGGUACGCAAAUCAAGGGAAGUUUCUGAAGUUAUCUGACUUUCUUGCAAUCGUAAUGGAUAGCGAUUUGUCUGGUGCCAUGAUCAUUAUUGAGAAUGCUGCAUAUAUAGCGAAGUCAUUAGGAAUUGACAUUGUUGAUUCUGUAACCACUGCCUUAAGUACUGCGGGCUUCGAUAAUCAGACUACCAAGGAAGUUCUGAUCCAGUCAAAAGACAGUGCUGUUCUAGUCAAAUUGAAGCAGCAGAAAACAAAAACCAAGCUUGUUUACACUCUCCCUUCAGGCAUCGGGGACGCUUCUAAUUCCUCAUUGAAACACAUUAAGAAGUUUGCUCAUGCUGUAGUUGUUGACAGAAUAUCUGUUUUCACUCUAAGUUAUGAUUUUAUCAUAAGACAGAACAGACUUGUGCAAGAUCUGCAGUCAGCGGGGCUAGCCGUGUAUGCACAGGUGUUCCGGAAUGAGUUUGUAGCACACCCGUUGGAUUUCUUUGGAGAUGCAACUGUGGAAAUCAAUUACUAUGUUCAGUCAUUUAAUCUAUCUGGCAUCAUAACUGAUUUCCCGAAGACAGUCAGAAGAUACAAAAAAAACACUUGUACAGUUCUGGGAAAGGAUAUGCCCACCUACAUGCGGCAUGUUGGCUUCCUUGUACAGAACCGAUCCUUCCAAACCCAGCCGCCAUCUGUGGCACCAAUGCCGACACUGAAUUCUUCAAGCGUGGAGGAGCCGCCUCUUCCUCCUGCUGCGCCAAGAAAUGUGCCUGAUGUUGGCCCCUCAGGGGGCGCCACCGCAACUCCUGGCGGCGCUCCUCCUUCUGAUGCUCAUCAGACGGCUACUGUAAGUACUGGUAUGCUACUUGUGAUGGUUUCCGCAGCUCUGCUGAUCUGA